UCGGCAUGGGUGGAUCGGGGAAGACAACUCUAGCCAAAGAAGUGUUUAACAGAAAAAAAUCAGAUUACUUUAGAGCAAGUUUUUUGUUUGAUGUACGAGAAGCAUCUGAGAGAAGAGAAUUACCUUCUUUGCAACUUAAGCUUCUCAAAGAUCUCUUCCACAGAGGUGAUCUCAGUUUUACAAAUACAGAGGAAGGAACAGGCUAUCUCAAAGAUAGUCUUGAAGGGGUCCCCGCCCACUUAAGCUUCCUAAUUGUUAUAGAUGACAUCGAUCAUGUGGAGCAGUUAAAUGCUCUACUGGUCAUGGAUAUCUUAAAAGAAUUGAGUAAUAGUCUGGUUAUUGUCACAACCCGUGACGUUGGAGUGCUUAUAAAUGUAGGGAUUACUGAUGGUUAUCAUUUAAAAGGAAUGAAUCGAAAUUAUGGGAGUGAACUCUUUUGUUGGCAUGCCUUUGACCAACCCAAUCCAUCUAGUGGGUACAAGGAGCUGGUUAAUUCCUUCGUAGAUGUGUGUGGAGGGUUGCCUCUGUCACUUCAAGUUCUGGGCAGGCACGUUCAUGGUAGAAGUGAGGAUUAUUGGAGGUCAGAAUUGAUUGAAGUUAGAAAGACACUUCCUCGGGACGUAAAGCAAAGAUUGAGAAUAAGUUUUGAUGCAUUGAAUGCUGAAGAAAAACAAGUUUUCAUGGAUAUUGCUUGCUUUUUUGUGGGCAGACGACAUAGUGUAAUCGAGGAAGUAUGGGAGGGUUCAGGAUGGAACGCUCAACAUGCACUGGAAACACUCAGAGAUAAAUGUCUUAUAGAAGAAGAGACAAAUUUAUAUAUGCGAAUGCAUGACCACCUGAGAGACUUGGGAAGAGAAAUGGCACUUGAAUUCAACCCUCCUCAUCACCUAUGGCGUCCUCGAGAUCUGAAAUAUUUGGAAUUAAUGAGUUUCAGAAAUAUCCUCAACAAAACUAAUGUUAGGUGUUUCCACUCCAUUUUUGACAAGUCCAUGAAUUAUCAAGUUACAUUCUUCUUAGGUCAAUCAGACAUUUGUGUUGAGACAUCAGCUUCCUUACUAUGGCUUCAACUUGAGGGGAAUUCUACAACACAACCAAUGAAGAGCAUUCCUUCAUGGAUUCCUCUUCAGAGUUUGCAGUGUUUGAAAAUCAAAGGUGGACGAUUUAAAACGUUGUGGGAGAAUCACAUACAGGUGCCCUCCCAGUUGAAGAAACUUGAUAUUACAUAUUGUGGAUAUUUGAUAAGUUUAUCAGGAAUCUCUUACAUUGAAAAGCUUAUGCUGUUGAAUAUUAAUCAAUGUCCAAAUCUUAAGGAGCUAACUCUUGGUCAUCUUAGCUGUCUGGAAUGGAUCACAAUUGUAGAUUGUAAACAUUUGAAAGAUGUGUUAGGAAUAUCUAAUCUUGCCAAGCUUGUAAAAUUGGAAAUUUAUGGUUGUACGAAGCUAGAGUUUGAGUGCUUGUGUCUUAGUGGUAUGAAGUAUCUGGAGAGCAUAACAUUUGAUAUAAAUGUAAAAGUUAAAUAUUUUAUGUUGGAUGGUUGUCCAUUUUUGAAAAAAAAUAAAUUUGGUUGUGCAAAUCUUGUAGAAUUAAGCAUUAGGAGCUGUCCGGAGCUUGAGAUGUUGCCAGCUAUUAGAGGAUCAAGUUGCAUAGAUCUUAGGAUUACAAUUGACAGAUGUGGGAAGCACAAAUAUCUUCAAGUGUAUGAUUGUCCAAAAUUAAGAAGUGUGUCACUUAACUUAGAGGUUACAAAAUUGCACAUUAGCAAUUGUCCUGAGCUUAAGGAGUUGCCAGGUCUUUCUAGAUCGACCUGCUUGGAGAAAUUUGAGAUUGACUGUUGUAAGAAGCUAAAGAACAUUACACUGCCAACAAGUCUCAUCAGUCUGUCUAUACAAAAUUGCAGAGAUUUGCAAAGAUUGGCAGGAAUUAGUGAUCUCACAAAUCUUACAGAGUUGCACAUUAUGAAGUGUCCCAAGCUUGAGGAGUUGGCAAGUCUUUCCAGUCUGAACUACUUGGAGAGAACUGAAAUUGACCAUUGUAAGAAGCUACAGAAUAUUACACUACCAACAACACUCAUCAGUCUGUCUAUACAAAGUUGUAGAGAUAUGCAAAGAGUAGCAGGAAUUAAUGAUCUUACAAAGCUUACAGAGUUGUACAUUAUAAAGUGUCCUGCGCUAGAGGAGUUGCUGAGUCUUUCCAAACUAGGAUGCCUGGAGCAAAUUAUGAUUAAUUCUUGUGACAAGAUGGAGAGCAUAGCAGGUACUGAAGAGUUGCAUGCAUUAAAAAGUAUGCAACUUUUUUAUUGCAGCAAUGCAAUAAUUCAGAAUUGCAUUCCCAAGUUGGAGACUCUGCAGUCAGAUUAUACCUUUGUCAUCGGAAGAGCAGUGGAUGUAGCAGAAACAACUUUAAAUGAGUAUCUCUUUUAUGACAAUGAUAUUGGUGCUGAUGCAAUCACUGAAAUUGUUGCUGAAAACAGUGAUGAGUUGGAAAAAUGUCGAGUAUUAAGUAAAGUUAUUAUAUGCAUUCUAGUUGUGGUUGACAGCUCUACUUCGGUGGAGGAUAUAAAUGAAUCAAUACCACCUGGACCCUCUUACUAUGACAGCAAACUUCAAGUGCGUCCGGGAGAAUGGAUGAUUACAAUGGUGGAACCAUAUGGUUGUUGGAGUUACUAUUAUCAGUAUUAUAUGGCAAUUAAACAUGUUUUAAAGAGGUUUGGAAUAUUGAAGAAGGGGUUCCUGAUAGAGGUGAAGAAAGAUGAAGAGUGGAAAGGCGUGCAAGUGUUACAUACAAUUAUUGAUAAGCUAUAUCAUUUAUGAAGGGAGUUUUUUUUUAAAAGAAAUUUCAAAGGUGCAGAUUUAUUUCA